CGCAACCAAUUCGCUUCACGUCCCUGGGUGAGCGACACGGCCGUCCAGUCCACGAAGGUGUCGAUAAUAGCCGGAGGAAUAAAUCUCACCAGAGUCGAUAGAGAUAAAAUGUAAGCAUUGAACGCGACACGAGUUUUGAGCUCCAGCUUUUUUCUUUUCUUCCUUCCCCGCACUCUCUCUCUUCCCGUCACGUAGCCAGUACAGUAUUGUAUUUUGCUCUUGGGCUUCCCCCGCAACAAACAGCUUGCCGUUGAAGAUCCGUAUCGUCUGCAGAUAGAAAGAUAGUCGAAGAGGGACACUAACACAAUGGCGCCUCCCGAUGUUUUGAUGGUGGGCACAGGAGAGUACACCACCGGCUUCGUUGGUGGAGGAGCUUCCGGCUCAGACAAGAAAGUUGGCGUUGUUGGAUUGACGCUCUUCGAUCUUCGACGACGAGGCAAAGUGGGCAAGCUGAGCAUGGUCGGAGUGUCUGGCCACAAGUUCCCAGCUAUCAAACAGCAUCUGCAGAAGAACAUCUCAGAAGUCUACAACGGUCUAGACGUCUCGUUCGAAUCAUUCCCCGCCGACGACAAGUCGGAUCCCGAAGCAUACAAGACGGCCAUUGACGCCCUCGAACCCGGCUCGGCCAUCACCAUCUUCACCCCCGACACAACCCAUUACCCAAUCGCUCUAUACGCCAUUCAGCGCAAGAUCCACGUCCUGAUCACAAAGCCCGCCACAAAGCUACUCUCCCACCACCUCAACCUUCUCGAGGAGUCCCGAAAACAUGGCGUCUUCGUCUUCAUCGAGCACCACAAACGCUUCGAUCCCGCUUACUCGGAUGCGCGAGCCAAAGCCCGCACCCUGGGCGACUUCAACUACUUCUACAGCUACAUGAGCCAACCGAAAAGCCAACUGGAGACUUUCAAAGCCUGGGCCGGCAAGGAUAGUGAUAUCUCAUACUAUCUGAAUUCCCAUCACGUCGAUAUCUGCGAGUCCAUGGUGCCUGAUUAUACGCCGGUCAAGGUCACCGCGUCAGCAGCCAAGGGCACUGCUGUUGAUCUGGGAUGUGUUCCUGAGACGGAAGACACUAUCACGCUGCUUGUCGAGUGGAGGAAGAAGAAUGAUCCGUCCAAGAUCGCGACGGGCGUGUAUACGGCUAGUUGGACGGCGCCGCAGAAGGCGGGUGUUCAUUCGAAUCAGUACUUUCACUGGAUGGGCUCCAAGGGCGAAAUCCGCAUCAACCAAGCCAAGAGAGGCUACGACCUCACCGAUGACGACCAGGGCCAACUCAUCUGGCUCAACCCCUUCUACAUGCGUUAUGCCCCCGACGAGGAAGGCAACUUUGGCGGCCAAACCGGCUACGGAUACAUCAGCUUCGAGAAAUUCAUCGAUGCCGUCACGGCUCUGAACGAGGGCCGCGUGACGCUUGACCAGCUCGAUGCGCGCGGUCUACCGACGCUGAAAAAUACUAUUGCCACUACGGCUAUCUUGCAUGCGGGUCGGGUCUCGCUGGACGAGAAGCGGUCGGUGGAGAUUGUGAGUCAGGAUGGGAGGUGGGAGUUGAAGUAGAAGCAGAUAUAUAUGGCUUUUGGUAAGGGGAAGGAGGUUAGUGUGGGUUUGUAUGUACGAAGUUAGGAUGUUCAACGUAUACUCAUAUCCCGAAGAAAUAUAUGUCAUAUCAUAUUCUCGACCUAUCUAGACACCAACGAAACAGGAAGUAAACUCCA